AUGGCCAUUUCCACCAUCCCUCUCCCGGUCGUCUGGCCUUCGACCAGCUCCUCGACCAGCAGCUCCUCCUCGCUCCUCACACCCACAUCAACAACACCAACCAGACACCGCCCUCACCACCACCAACCCACCUACAUCCGCACCGGCAUCGGCGGCGCUGGAAACUGGCACAAGGCCUCCUCCAUCCCCCCACCACCGCCGCCACCACCCCAGUCUCCAGCAGCAUCCGCCCACCAACACUAUCACCACGACACCUCCGACAACCCCGCCUCACCGCUCCUCCUCCACCCCCACCCAUCACCACUCUACCCACCGCCUCCUCACCACCACCACCACCUCCCUCCCCUCCGCCGCACCCAACCAGCACCAUCCACCACCACCACAACAACCCCACCCCAAUACUUUAAAUCCGGCAUCGGCGGCGCCGGCAACACGCACCCGCUCCCGCACCCGCUCGCCGCCCGCUCCCACCCUGGCCACCCCGGCCACGCCACCGCCGAGGAGUCAGCGCUGCUGUGCCGCCGCGCCGUCAUCGAAAAGAGGCGGCGCCAGCAGCAGACCGCCACGUGCUACCACCACGUCGGCAUCGGCGGGGCGGGCAACUUCCGCCGCGUGGUGGUGGUGGGGGGUCCGUCGGCUGGAGGUGAUGGUGGAGAUGGUGAUGGUGAUGGUGAUGGUGGUGAUGAUGUUCUGCCGCGCUCGUCGCUGCCGAUGGCUACUACUGCUGGUGGGAGUAAGAAGAGGUUGAGGGCGCAGAGGAGUGUGGGGGCUUUGUUGGGGGGGAGGGGGGGCAAGAGGGGUGCGGCGGCGGAUUUGAGGGUGGAGGGGGCCGCGGCGGGGGAGGGGGAGGCGGAGGCGGAGGGGGAGGUGGAGGUGGAGGCGGAAGGGGGAGUGGCGCUGCCGAGGGCGAUGGUGGAAGUGGGUGGUGGUGGUGGUGGUGGUAGGGGGAAUGGAGGAGGGGCAGUGAAGAGGGUGAGUUGGGGGGAGUGCAGCGUGGAUGAGUUCGAAGUCGACGGGUACGAGGGCGAUGGGGAGGUGGAGGAGGGGAAGGGGGAGUGCGUGUAUUACAGCAACGAACCGUUGCCGUACGGGGCGUUGGACGUUCUGCGGAGGAGGUUGGAGAGGGCUUUUGCGAGCCGCAGCGGGGGCGGUGGAAGUGAAGUGUUGGCGAGUCCGAGGGACAAGCGGCAUGGGGCGGUGCUGGUGGGGAGUGAGGGUGAGAGGAGGGUGUUGAGGAGCCAUCGGAGCAUGUGGCGCUUCUGA